CACAGUUCAAUUGCAUAAGAACAAAACAAUAGAAGAGAGGAGAGAAAAAUAGAAAGAAGUAUCACCUAAACAUAAAAGAAAGACAGAAAGGAAGAGUAAAGAAUACAAAAGGAAAUUCGCGGAUAUGGCGAAAAGGAAUGGUCCAUGCUUCCACUGCGGCAUUAAGUCUUCUCCACAUUGGCGUAGUGGACCAGAAGACAAGUCAGUGUUGUGCAACGCAUGUGGACUAAGAUACACCAAAUGGGGAAGCAUUGGCCUUCAGAACUAUUUUCCCAACCAUUUUAAACCUGAGUAUCUUGAUAACCUUAAAAAUCUAGAGGGUAGAAACAAUGUUCUCCAAGGUUCAAGCUAUGCUACAGAUUCAAGUGGAAAAAUCCAUGUUAUGUGGAAUCCUUAUGUUCCAUCAAGGAAACGUUCACGCGUAGUACGGAUGACAACAUCAAUCCAAAGGUUUCAUGAACAACUUCUCAUGAUGUGGAAAAAUGAAGAGAACUCAAAUGAUCAGUCAUCCCAAGAAUCAGAAGAGGUCUUAUUGAUUGAUAACGUCAAUAACUUCAUACCUUGUAACGAAAUAGGGCUUGGAUGCAUUCUUCUUAAACCAGAAGAUGCUUCUGCAUAGAAGGAUUCAUUUAUGUAUACCCUUCAUGAAUAUGUUUGAGAAUCUUUAAGUUUCUCUAAACGUGACCUUGCUUUUGAAUAUUGAACUUUUUGAAUUAAACUUUUGUAUGAACCUUUCUCAAGACUUAAAUUAUGUCUCUGCACUAGGUGUUUGUGUUUCAUGAGAUGAUUAGAAGUCAUGUAUGAUUUGAUAAGUACUAUAGACCAAUAUGAAAUCGGCAUACUUUGGAAUAA